AUGUCAUUCACUUUUGGUGCCCCGGCCUCCACUGGCGCUUCCGGUGGAAGUCUCUUCGGAUCAGCAGGCAAUGCUUUCGGCGCCAAGAAGGAUAACAACAGUACAUCUGGUGGUGCUAUUUUCGGAAAUGUUGGAGCUUCGACUACUGGCAACAGCGCAUCGCCGUCGUUGUUUGGAGGAAACUCCGCAAGUGGACAAAGCACACCAACCUUCGGCAAUGCUGCCGCCACCAAUGCGACCAAUGGCGGCACCCCGGCUUUCAGCUUCGGCAGCAAGGCUCAAACCGGAAGUGGGACGCAGCCCAGCUCGCUCUUUGGCAACCAGACCCCUAAUAAGACCACAGAAUCGACUACACCAACUUCCAGCAACGCGCUAUUUGGUGGUGGUUCGACUGCGAAGGGCAUGUUUGGCAACGCGGGCGCAACGGCUACCCCUGCUCCCGUUGGAGGUUCUUUAUUCGGUAACAACUCCACCACCCCUGCUGGUCCUCCGCCAGCGUCCAACCCACCUAGCAGCCUCUUCGGGGGUGCGAAGCCCGCAUCUUCGACUACUCCCUCUACUGCUGCACCCUCAUCUACGCCUAAUAUCUCACAGCCGCAGUCAUCUGGCAAUCUUUUCGGUGGAGCUGCAUCAAAGCCGAUGUUCGGCGGUGGCAAUACUGCUGCCGCGCCCAGCGGUGGUCUAUUCGGCGGUGCGGCCAAGCCGGCAGAGCCAGCUGCUGCAGAUACCACCAAAUCGCUCUUCGGCGCAGCCGCGCCCGCGGGUGGUGCGCAAAGCUCGCAGACACCGUCUCUCUUCAACAAGGCACCUGCUCCCGCCAGAGCUUCCGCCACACCGGGUGCCAACACCUCAAAGUCUCUUUUCCCUUCGAUGGCAGGUGCCACAUCCACGGCUGCUCCUUCAUCUACCCCAGCUGCGGCUCCUACUGGAGGCCUGUUUGGGGCUUCCGCUGCCACAACUACUCCCGGUACAGCAGCAACAGCCGCACCUGCUACUACUACGCCUGCUGCACCGGCAGGUGGCCUGUUUAACAAAGCUCCUGCUACCUCUACAACUCAACCGGCGACAACUCCCAGUCUAGCACCCCUCGGCGGCAUUAGUGGUAAAACCACUGCUGCUCCGGCUCCUUCUUCUACCACAACCGCUGCGGGCGCUGCUGCCCCAGGUCCAGCCGGGCCCGCUGCUCUUGGUCAGUCUACUGCGGGUCCUGCUCCCCCGGCUCAAUCGCGUCUGAAGAACAAAACCAUGGAUGAGAUCAUCACCCGGUGGGCCACUGAUCUAAGCAAAUAUCAAAAGGACUUCCGCGAACAGGCCGAGAAGGUUUCCGAGUGGGAUCGUCUGUUGGUGGACAAUGGUACCAAGGUUCAGAAGUUGUAUGGCAGCACCGUUGAUGCGGAUCGAGCGACCCAGGAGGUUGAGCGCCAAUUAUCAGCGGUGGAAGGCCAACAGGAUGAACUCAGCUCAUGGUUAGACCGAUAUGAGCGGGAAGUUGACGAGAUGGUUACCAAGCAAGUGGGCCCUGGAGAGUCCCUGCAAGGACCUGAUCAGGAGCGUGAGACAACUUACAAACUGGCCGAAAAGCUCUCCGAGCGCUUGGACGAAAUGGGCAAGGAUCUUACCAGCAUGAUUGAAGAGGUCAACAGCGCUUCAUCCACAUUGACCAAGACCAACAAGGCAGAUGAACCGAUCUCGCAGAUUGUUCGCAUUCUCAACUCCCACCUGUCCCAGCUCCAGGUCAUCGACCAAGGCACUUCAGAGCUGCAGUCAAAGGUUGCUGCCGCCCAAAAGGCAGGCCAAUCCAUCUCUGCUCGUCUCGGAUAUGGCUACUCUAACACUGGCAUGGGCAAUGACAACACCGCUGAUGACUUCUACCGAUCCUUCAUGCAAGGGCGAUGA